CAUUCAGCUACUGUUUUUCAUCACGUUUAUCAUAUUCUAUAAUCAGUUUAAACUGACACGACAUUUACUCUAAAUGGUUGCUCCUGUGUUGCAACGUCGGUUCUAUUUUCAAAGGACUCUUUUCGCAUCAUAAUGCAUACUAAACAUAAAGAAACUUGCGAAACUGAUUUUUACUUUGGAAAGUUUAUACUUACUGGUGAAGAGAGCAUUUCCAUUUCAUGGAAUACCCCUUUUUUCGCUAUCAAUAAAAAAAGUGACUUUAUACAGUAAGCCGAAUGCUUGUACAAUGUGUAGAUGUCGUUGAUGAACAGGACCGUGACAGAGAUAGAUACAGAUAUAUAUUAGAAAUGGCGGCGUCAACUUUUGCCAUCUGUAAAUGAUCCAUUCUAUGACUAAUCAUAAGAUAAGGGCACAGGAGUUUAUACGCAACAGGAGUAUUUUUUUUAUAAUAAUAUUUAACAAUUCGAUAAUACAGUGGUAAUUGUCAGUGCGCUUAGUACACAAGGCUCCACUUUGCGGGGAAAGUCAAAGAGUAUGUCAGGCAAAGGUAAACAGAGUUCCAGAAAGGCUCUUGUAAAGGUCCGAGAAGGAGGAAAGUCUAACCAAGUGCCAUCAGUUAACUCUGACACAAGUUCUGAGGGUACCGAAAUGGCUGUUACGUUGCCUAUCAUCAAGACAGUUGACAAUGCUAAACAUCUUCCACGAUACUGUAGCAUUUUACAACGUAGUGCAGAAGAAGGAGUUGGCAUGGAAGAUCUGGACACGUUGCAACUUGAAUUGGAAACACUUCUCUCUGCAGUGGUUGUUCGCAGCCGUAUGCUUCAAGAUGAGAUUGCGAAUCUGUCCUCAGCAGAGGAACGCAGGGACAAAAGAUCUAAGAGUGGCAAAGGGUUGUCACUGUUAGAUAGGAAAAUCCGUGAUGAUAAAUUAAAACCGAAAGACAUUACAACUAAGGCACAGACUCCACUUCCAGCGAAACUGUUUAAACAGAAAAGCAUGGGAAGCUCAGGAAAUCAAAUUGUACCAAAUCCCCAUGAAAUUGUAAGAGUCGAGGGUUCCAAGUCAGAUGUUCCAAAAUUAUUACUGCCCAAAAACGAUACACCCAAUAAGUUUUGGGCAUCAGUAGAUCCAUAUUGUACAGAUAUUAUGCCUGAUGAUAUAAAACUUUUGGAGGAAUUGGUUGGUACACACAGUGACAUUGGAGAAUUCAAAAAGAUACCACCACUAGGACGUCAUUAUAGCUUGUUGUGGGCACAUAGCGACCUACUCCAGGAGGAAGAUGCUGCUAAUCCCAACAAGGAGAAGAAAAAAAACCGUUCGGAUGUCUCUCUAUUGGUAUCAAAAGCUGACAAGAAAUCUAAUGGUAUAGCAGGACCUCUUACACAAAGGCUGGUAUCAGCACUUUUAGAAGAAAACGUAUUUGUGGCAAAUAACAACACAGAGAACAAGCUGUUUAGAGAUGGCGAUCCUCCUGUUCUCAGAGAUUUAACUAUUCAGAAUUCUAUAAAUUUGGAACUUAGAAUGCACAAGGAACUUGUGGAGCAGGGUAUCCUGGAAGCAGAUACCCAAAAAAGGAGUCAGGAUGAUGAUGAGAUCUUAGCAGAAAUUAAGAGAUGUCAGCAAGAGCUUUCUGCUUUGUCUAGUCACAAUGUAACGCAGUUAAAAAGAUUGCUAAGUCUAGCACAAGAGGAGAGUAAAAGGCAGGCACUAAAACGACGAAUUAGCACAGCUGACAACGAGGUGGUGGAACACUAUAAAAAGCUCAUCAUCUCAAAACAGCGGAAAGUUAGUUUAACAAAGAAGGAACAAGAAAAGGCAUGGGCUUGUCUAAGGGAGCGAGAAAGUCUUUUGGAACAACUCAACAUGCUUCCAUCAAACAGUAUUGGAGAACCAGUCAACAUUGCAAGUGGCAUGGCGACGUAGUUACAACGGGUCUACGGAGAAGAUGUCAUCAACAAAUUAAUAUCUUUUCCUAGAAUUCGUUCUGUUGCUUCAAAUUUACGACUGUAUCCCAUACAGUGAAAUAUUAGCAUUGUUGGAGCCUAUACACGGCUUAGAACAAGCCCACAGGGUAGACCUCAUCCUACUUUGACCCGCAUAUAUUCUCCAAUACUGCACCACUCCGUACCGUUCUCUUUCUUUAAAAUAUAAGCUACUUUAUAAGGUAUGUCAAUCACCGCGGAUUCAACCAGUUGUACUUACUCAAGUCACUUUGCAAAUGCACUUGUGUAAAAUGCUAUUGUCAUAUUUUCAAAAACGAUUUAUCAUACAUGCAAACUCCUUCGAAUGUUGAAUUUCAAUUUUUUUGUAAUUACUAUAAAUAGUUAAGCAAACAAUAUAUCUGUUACAGAAUAAACAUUUCCGACAUAGAAUAUUACUUCUGGAAAUGAUCUACCAGAGAUAUUCGUUUUAACCGAAAACUCUAUGCCUGAGAUAUUUAAUAGAAAUAAAUGACUAUAUUUUGCAA